CUGGCACAGAGUAAUUCAUGUCGCCUUGUUCAGGCAAACCGUCUUCGUCAAAAUCACCCAGAAGCAGCUGAGCAAGUCUACGAUUUGCAAUGCAAACUCAUUGAACAGUGGAGUAGACUUACUGCUAAAGCCAACAAUCGCAAGGAGAAACUUCUCGAAUCUUACGAUUAUCAGCGAUUCCUCUCUGACAGUCGUGAGCUCAUGCAGUGGGUUACGACUAUGAAAAAACUUGUGGACAGCCAGGAGCUCGCUGAUGAUGUAACUGGUAAGCGCCUGUUCGGUUUGAAAAUAUUAAGGAUUUGA